UCUCCUCCGCCUUCGCCCCGCUGCUCCCCCUUUAUAUAUUUUUUUAGUUCAAUUUAGAUCUUUAAUUUUCCAUACGCAUUUCGUUAAUUUUUGGGACUAAGCCGAGGUCCUGCCUUUUCUCAUAGAAAACGAAGCAACUCUGGCGAAAAAACAUGUAUAAUGAUCUACUCCUUUUUGCUCUUGGAAAUUUGCGAUCGAGUUUGAUUUCUUGUCGAAUAAGUUCUUUUGUUUUAAUGAUGGGUAGCAGAUGAAUUAAUAUAUUCAUCAAAACAGAAACGCACAUCCUAAAGGCCUUAGGAAUGAGGGGUCUCUAAACCUAAACUGAUGAGCGAGGGCUGAGUGAUAUAGAAAGAUUUAUGUAAAGAACUUCUUGAUUAGGCACAAAAAAGAUCAGAAGGAGAAGCCUUAUUUGAGAACUUGUUGAAAAAGUUAUGUGGAGUAACCUAAUUCUGAAUCUAGGUAGGAGCUUAAAUUUGGUAUAGGAGGCUUCUCCAGUUUAAGCUUUGAAAUCUGUUCAUUUUGAAGAGUUAUUAUGUUGUGAAUUUUGGUUUAGUUGGCUUGAUGUUUGUUGCUGGUUGUUUUCUAUCUUAAUUUUGCUGAAGAAGGUUGUGAUUCUGAUUAUUGUGAACUGAUAAGGCGUUGAAGGAUGGUAUUUUUGUUGGAAAUCCCUGCCUGGAUUAAGCACUCCUAUGGCAUUUUUUUUACAGGAGCAAAAUGGAAGAUAUCCUAACGGAGGUUCCUCCUCCUUCAAGGUUUUUCCAAGAUGAUCUUAACAAUUUCGCUCCUCCAUCACCACCUCUUCCUUCCCCAUUUCUGUUGUUAUCCAAUCCUAAACCUAUUGAACCUCUCCGCCCAUCUUUACUUGUCGUUGCCAUUUCUUCCCCUUCUCUACAUCUUUUCCAUCAUUUAUCUGAUAAAACCCUUAUUGGAAGUCUCAUCCUACCUGAAAUUCCUUUCUCUGGGAACCAUAUCCAACCCUCGGUUUAUGACAAAUCUUGUAACAUUUACUCCAUUGAUCAAGAUAAUGAACAAGUUAUCCUUGUUUCCAUUCAGUGUUCUGUUCCUGCAGAGAGAUCCCUCCUUGUUGCAAAACUACUGCUUGGUGAUAAAAUUGUUCCUGAGAGGGUUCUGAUCUUGGAUAGUCUUCAGAGCCAAAAUUUUCGGGGCAGGCUCUCAACUGAUGAGACUCUUGCUUUCAAGCUGGAGACGUCUUCUGAAAGAAAGAGUCGAGAUGAGGGUUAUGGUGGUUCACCAUUGUUAAAGGGCCUUGAUUACUAUCCAUCUGGUAGUGUUGUAGAUGGCUUGGCUGCUGCUUUGCUUGGACGUUGUCAGAUGAAGAAUAUCAAGGGAGCCCUCUUUGUUUCAUGGCCUGAAUAUGGAAGUGAGGUGAUAUCUCUGCUUAGAUCUUUACUUCACCAAAAUGUACUCUUGGGACCUACAUUAGAAUUCUGUACUGAAAGUAAUAAUGGGGAUGGGUACCUGAACCGGAUUAAGGACCUGGAAUUAUACACCUAGAAGAGUUGGGUUGUGAGAUUACUAGUUAUGUCUAUUGUAUGGUGCACUUUUUCUUUCUUUUUUUUUUUCUGUGCCCCAGAUACUGUUGAAAUAGAUAGAAACUCACAAGGUCAUCCUUAUUGAGGAGGAUGAAAUUCGACAAUUGCUUCUUAAAAGCUAUUUCCUACUGUAUAUGCUGAUUGUUAUGGGCUAUGGACGGUGUUUAUGUAAUUGUUUUAGUGUUAGGCUGUUAGCUUAGCUAAUACCAAUGGUAUAUUCAGCUCUU